CGAAAGGGAGCGCAGGGGCUGAGGCCCUGACCACUGGUCAUGGCCUGGAAAUUCUGUGCGCUGGCGGCGGUCCUUUGUACAGAAGCAGCAGAGGUGCCACUCGGCUGCUUUCUCUAUGGCUGGAAGAUUUCAGAUGCCAUUUGGGGCACCCCCAAUCCGGUGAAUGCCACAGAUGCUUUGCACUGUCAGCAGAUUUGUGUUAACACCCCGCAUUGCGAGACCUUUGGUUUUCAGCCUGCAUGGAAGGAUUGCUGGUUGGGCUCAAAAAUGCAAGUACCCGCUCGUAGCUCUGCUGUAAGUUUUGUGUCGGGCCCUGCAAAGUGUGCAGUGGCUGGACAGUUCGGCACUGGUCUGUCGGCUUCGCCUGCAUGCGCCUUGUCACCGUCUUCUGACUUUCCAGGUGACACGGCCUUGCAGUCAGCUUCAGACUUUGCAGAUGGCAUGGUUCCAGUGCCCUUGCAGUGCUGGCCUCAUUUGCCGAAUGGAGAACUGGCACUGUGCAAAGGUUUGCCUGUAGAGACUUUGGAGGACACUGCAACCGGAUGGCCAGGGAAAUGCCUUGGCUUGGCGAGAACUGACUUACCCAUGACGGAGGAUUGCGAAUCGAGCUGCCGGGGCAAUGUGUCCUGCGCCAGCUUUCAAGAGGUUCGAACUGAAGGUGGUCUGCUGCAAUGCUGGCAGGGCACUGGCUAUGAUUGUUUUCGAGAUGAUGCACAGGUGAAUGUGGUGCAAGCGAAACGAUUCAUGCAUGGGCACUAUCGGGUGCUGAAAGAUCUAAGGGGAUACGAGGUCACAGGACUCCAAUAUGCCUUCGAGGGCAGCUUCUUUUCUGAUGUGAAUGAGGCAGUGAAGAUGUGCAAUCACACCUGCCUGUCGAACAUCGGAUGUCAUGCCUGGAGAUUCUCCACUGGAGAUGGCUGUUGGUUUGACGACCCAUUGAGGGGGAGUUUGACAUAUCCGCCCAGCUCGAAGGACUUCAUCAGCAACACGGAAGCUGCUGCCUUGGUGGUGGCUGGGGAGUACAUCCAACGUCUUUGCGAGGUGCCUCAGGACCUGACUGGAAGCACAACAUUCACAUCGACUCUUCUGCCCCAGAUUGCGGUGCCUUUGCCUGGAGUGGUAACACCCAAUGUGUCGGCAGCACUGCCCACCGUGGCUCUCCCAUCGCUGACCACUUUGGCACCCACUUUGGCACCCAAUGCCUCCAAUCACACGGCGGCCACAGCAGCAGCAACUGCUGCAGCCAGCGCAGCAGCUGCUGCUGCAACUGCUGCAUCAGCUGCAGCCGGCGUGGCAGCUACCCCGACCAUGGCCCCACUGCCGGAGCCGGUCACACCUGUACCGGUGACGCCAGUGACAUUGCCAACCACGACGGAGCCAGUGGCAACUCCACCAACCACAUUGAGAAGACACGAACUCAAUGCGAAGUCUCGUUUCUUCCGGCUGGGAUCAGGACAGGUGUUCUACAAGGAUGAGAAUAUGGUGCUGCACCGUGUCAAUGGCGGCUGCAAAGACCAGGGAUGUGUGUCCGAGGAGUGCGCAAGCGCUUUAGAAAUCUCCGAGAUGAUCGCCAAUUCGCAAGCUUUGGGAGAGGACUUUAACUGCGACCUAUUGGCUCCAACUCACGGUGGCUCCAGUGGCUCAGGUUUCAAUUGGACAGCACUCUUCGUCUCGAUCCUUUUUGUGAUUGGUUGCUGUUCAGUAUGCAGUUUUUUGGCUCCGCAGAAAUACCUGGUCAGAAGAUUCCCCUGGCUGGAUUCAUAUUUGCCUUCCUGGUUUUCGGGAGCUCGCCAUGAGCCCUUCAUGAAACUGCAGGAGGGACGCACCUAUCGAGGUGUUCAGUCGAUGUAUGAAGAGGAUCAGCUGCCUCUGAUGUAUCCUGGCGGUCCUCAGUUUGCCCGGGCUGGCGUGCCUCCAAUGGCAGCUUCCAUGCCCCCGAUGGCAGCGAUGUCAUCGUUGCCACCAACCCAACAUCUGGCACCGCAGAUGCAGAGUCCGGAGAAUCUCUGGGGAUCGCAGUACCCAGGCCCUCUUCCACCGGUGGAUGCCGGCUAUGAUUUGGUGACUGUAACUCCAACCGGUAUAGAGGUCACACCCCUGGGAGAGACGCCGCCCGCUGGAGUGCCAAUUGUGAAUCCUUCCUUUCCAAUGCCCGUUCAGUACACCUAAGGCUUCCCUAGAGAUGCUGCUCCAUCAGCCAAGUUGGAGGUACUUGUGCCUGUCCAAAGUGACGUGCCAAAGAGCACUGGCGCAGCCCUACCAGCCCUGCGCCGCGUUGGUGGCGUUGUGCAGCUGGAAAAAGUUGGGCACAGAAGCACUGUGUUUUGGAAUGUUCGGAGGCACUGAGCAC